GAUCUUCGCUUUAACAGAAUCAGAGAGAUCCAACCUGGGGCAUUCAGGCGGCUGAGGAACUUGAACACAUUGCUUCUCAAUAAUAAUCAGAUCAAGAGGAUCCCUAGUGGAGCAUUUGAAGACUUGGAAAAUUUAAAAUAUCUCUAUCUGUACAAGAAUGAGAUCCAGUCAAUUGACAGGCAAGCAUUUAAGGGACUUGCCUCUCUAGAGCAACUAUACCUGCACUUUAAUCAGAUAGAAACUUUGGACCCAGAGUCGUUCCAGCAUCUCCCGAAGCUUGAGAGGCUAUUUUUGCAUAACAACCGGAUUACACAUUUAGUACCAGGGACAUUUAAUCACUUGGAAUCUAUGAAGAGAUUGCGACUGGACUCAAACACACUCCACUGCGACUGUGAAAUCCUGUGGUUGGCGGAUUUGCUGAAAACCUACGCGGAGUCGGGGAACGCGCAGGCAGCAGCCACCUGUGAAUAUCCCAGACGCAUCCAGGGACGCUCAGUGGCAGCGGUCACCCCGGAAGAGCUGAACUGUGAAAGGCCCCGGAUCACAUCCGAGCCCCAGGAUGCAGACGUGACCUCGGGGAACACCGUGUACUUCACUUGCCGAGCUGAAGGCAACCCCAAGCCUGAGAUCAUCUGGCUGCGAAACAAUAAUGAGCUGAGCAUGAAGACAGAUUCCCGCCUAAACUUGCUGGACGAUGGGACCCUGAUGAUCCAGAACACACAGGAGACGGACCAGGGUAUCUACCAGUGCAUGGCAAAGAACGUGGCCGGAGAGGUGAAGACGCAAGAGGUGACCCUCAGGUACUUCGGGUCUCCAGCUCGACCCACUUUUGUAAUCCAGCCACAGAAUACAGAGGUGCUGGUUGGGGAGAGCGUCACGCUGGAGUGCAGCGCCGCAGGCCACCCCCUGCCGCGAAUCUCCUGGACGAGAGGUGACCGCACACCCUUGCCCGUCGACCCGCGAGUGAACAUCACACCUUCUGGCGGGCUUUACAUACAGAACGUCAUCCAGGAGGACAGCGGAGAGUAUGCGUGCUCUGCGACCAACAGCAUUGACAGCGUCCAUGCCACUGCGUUCAUCAUCGUCCAGGCUCUUCCUCAGUUCACUGUGACGCCUCAGGACAGAGUCGUCAUCGAGGGCCAGACCGUGGAUUUCCAGUGUGAAGCCAAGGGCAACCCGCCGCCCGUCAUUGCCUGGACCAAGGGAGGGAGCCAGCUCUCCGUGGACCGGCGGCACCUGGUCCUGUCGUCGGGAACACUUAGAAUCUCCGGGGUUGCCCUCCACGACCAGGGCCAGUACGAAUGCCAGGCUGUCAACAUCAUCGGCUCCCAGAAGGUCGUGGCCCACCUGACUGUGCAGCCCAGAGUCACCCCAGUGUUUGCCAGCAUUCCCAGCGACACAACGGUGGAGGUGGGCGCCAAUGUGCAGCUCCCAUGCAGCUCCCAGGGCGAGCCCGAGCCAGCCAUCACCUGGAACAAGGAUGGGGUUCAGGUGACAGAAAGCGGAAAAUUUCACAUCAGCCCUGAAGGAUUCUUGACCAUCAAUGACGUUGGCCCUGCAGACGCAGGCCGCUAUGAGUGUGUAGCCCGGAACACCAUUGGGUCGGCCUCGGUGAGCAUGGUGCUCAGUGUGAACGUUCCUGACGUCAGUCGAAAUGGAGAUCCGUUUGUAGCUACCUCCAUUGUGGAAGCGAUUGCAACUGUUGACAGAGCUAUAAACUCAACCCGAACACAUUUGUUUGACAGCCGUCCUCGUUCUCCAAAUGAUUUGCUGGCCUUGUUCCGGUAUCCGAGGGAUCCUUACACGGUUGAACAGGCCCGGGCAGGAGAAAUCUUUGAACGGACAUUGCAGCUCAUUCAGGAGCACGUGCAGCACGGCUUGAUGGUCGACCUCAACGGGACAAGUUACCACUACAACGACCUGGUGUCUCCGCAGUACCUGAACCUCAUCGCAAACUUGUCGGGCUGCACCGCCCACCGGCGCGUGAACAACUGCUCCGACAUGUGCUUCCACCAGAAGUACCGGACGCACGACGGCACCUGCAACAACCUGCAGCACCCCAUGUGGGGCGCCUCGCUGACCGCCUUCGAGCGCCUGCUGAAGUCCGUGUACGAGAACGGCUUCAACACCCCUCGGGGCAUCAACCCCCACCGACUGUACAACGGGCACGCGCUUCCCAUGCCGCGCCUGGUAUCCACCACCCUGAUCGGGACGGAGACCGUCACACCCGACGAGCAGUUCACCCACAUGCUGAUGCAGUGGGGCCAGUUCCUGGACCACGACCUAGACUCCACGGUGGUGGCCCUGAGCCAGGCGCGCUUCUCCGACGGACAGCACUGCAGCUCCGUGUGCAGCAACGACCCCCCCUGCUUCUCUGUCAUGAUCCCCCCCAAUGACUCCCGCGCCAGGAGCGGGGCCCGCUGCAUGUUCUUCGUGCGCUCCAGCCCUGUGUGCGGCAGCGGCAUGACCUCGCUGCUCAUGAACUCCGUGUACCCGCGGGAGCAGAUCAACCAGCUCACCUCCUACAUCGACGCCUCCAACGUGUACGGCAGCACGGAGCACGAGGCCCGCAGCAUCCGCGACCUGGCCAGCCACCGCGGCCUGCUGCGGCAGGGCAUCGUGCAGCGGUCCGGGAAGCCGCUGCUCCCCUUCGCCGCCGGGCCGCCCACCGAGUGCAUGCGGGACGAGAACGAGAGCCCCAUCCCCUGCUUCCUGGCCGGGGACCACCGCGCCAACGAGCAGCUGGGCCUGACCAGCAUGCACACGCUGUGGUUCCGCGAGCACAACCGCGUCGCCGCGGAGCUGCUCAAGCUGAACCCGCACUGGGACGGCGACACCAUCUACUACGAGACCAGGAAGAUCGUGGGCGCGGAGAUCCAGCACAUCACCUACCAGCAUUGGCUCCCGAAGAUCCUGGGGGAGGUGGGCAUGAGGACGCUGGGAGAGUACCAGGGCUACGACCCCGGCAUCAAUGCCGGCAUCUUCAACGCCUUCGCCACCGCUGCCUUCAGGUUUGGCCACACGCUGGUCAACCCACUGCUUUACCGGCUGGACGAGAACUUCCAGCCGCUUGCACAGGGUCACCUCCCCCUCCACAAAGCUUUCUUCUCUCCCUUCCGGAUUGUGAAUGAGGGUGGUAUCGACCCGCUUCUCAGGGGGCUGUUCGGGGUGGCGGGGAAGAUGCGUGUGCCCUCGCAGCUGCUGAACACGGAGCUCACGGAGCGGCUGUUCUCCAUGGCACACACGGUGGCUCUGGACCUGGCGGCCAUCAACAUCCAGCGCGGCCGGGACCACGGGAUCCCGCCCUACCACGACUACAGGGUCUACUGCAACUUGUCGGCGGCCCACACGUUCGAGGACCUGAAAAAUGAGAUAAAAAACCCUGAGAUCCGGGAGAAACUGAAAAGGUUGUAUGGCUCAACACUCAACAUCGACCUGUUUCCAGCACUCAUGGUGGAGGACCUGGUGCCUGGCAGCCGGCUGGGCCCCACCCUGAUGUGUCUUCUCAGCACACAGUUCAAGCGCCUGCGAGAUGGGGACAGGUUGUGGUAUGAGAACCCCGGGGUGUUCUCCCCCGCCCAGCUGACUCAAAUCAAGCAGACGUCUCUGGCCAGGAUCCUCUGCGACAACGCGGACAACAUCACCCGGGUGCAGAGCGACGUGUUCAGGGUGGCGGAGUUCCCUCAUGGCUACGGCAGCUGUGACGAGAUCCCCAGGGUGGACCUCCGGGUGUGGCAGGACUGCUGUGAAGACUGUAGGACCAGGGGGCAGUUCAACGCCUUCUCCUACCAUUUCCGAGGCAGACGGUCUCUUGAGUUCAGCUACCAGGAGGACCAGCCGACCAAGAAAACAAGACCACAGAAAAUACCCAGUGUUGGGAGACACGGGGAACAUCUCAGCAACAGCACCUCAGCCUUCAGCACACGCUCAGACACUCCUGGGACUAAUGACUUCAGAGAGUUUGUUCUGGAAAUGCAGAAGACCAUCACAGACCUCAGAACACAGAUAAAGAAACUUGAAUCACGGCUCAGUACCACAGAGUGCGUGGAUGCCGGGGGUGAGUCUCACGCCAACAACACCAAGUGGAAGAAGGAUGCAUGCACCAUUUGUGAAUGCAAAGACGGGCAGGUCACCUGCUUCGUGGAAGCUUGCCCCCCUGCCACCUGUGCUGUCCCCACGAACAUCCCAGGGGCCUGCUGUCCAGUCUGCUUACAGAGGAGGGCGGAGGAGAAGCCCUAGGCUCCUGGGAGGCUCCUCGGAGUUUGUUUGCUGAGGUGGCACACCUGUAGCACACCUGUGUAAUGUGCGGUCUGGGCCAGUGACAAGCAAUUGUGUUGUCUAAGCCAAAGGGGGAAGCUGACUGUUAUUUACCAAAAAAAAAAUUCUGUAAUUCAAACCAAAAUGUCUGCGGAAUCGCCGGUUUGAUACUCUCUGUAAUCAGAACAGUGGGCAGUGCCUGGGUGAACGUGUCUAGCAGCCCCUCUGCGGGAUCGCUGUAACGGGAGUGGAAUGUACAUAUUUAUUUACUUUUCUAACUGCUCCAACAGCCAAAUGCCUUUUUUAUGACCAUUGUAUUCAGUUCAUUACCAAAGAAAUGUUUGCACUUUGUAAUGAUGCCUUUCAGUUCAAAUAAAUGGGUCACAUUUUCAAAUGGA